CAAAGGUCUUUUCCAGCCUAGGGAUUCUAUGAUUCUCUGUGGUCCCAUCCCUUGCCCCACGUGGCUGCCACGGGAGCACCGCUCCCCGGGUGGAAAAGUCAGCCAAAGGAGGAAAACACAGGACUGCAGGGUGUGCCGGGCUGCUGCUGCGCCCCGCAGCUCUCUGACUCAUUUUGCUCUGAAAAACACAAGUUCUUCCUUAAGCCUGGGCCCAGUGCUUCCCACGUCCUUCCACGGAGGCAGCCCGGCAUGGGGUGCAUGCAGGGGACCAGCUCCCUGCUUCGGACGUGUUUGCGCGGGUUGCACCGAGCGCGCCCAGCUCGGGGCUCCUGUCCAAGGGCUCUUUGCAAAUCAGGGCUUCUGCACCCCUCGACGUGCCUUUGGGAAGAGCUUGCGCCGCUUCCUUGGCUGCACCGAGAUAAGAGACAUUAUUUUCGUUCUCUCCCAUCAUCGCCCUCAUUUGUGUUUAUAUCAGGCGUGUGGCGUGGGUAGGAAAAGGCAGAGCUUUGUACCAGGCUGCCCUUUAUUUCUGGAGCAUGCAAAUAGCCAACAGCAGCUCUGUCCUCUCUCCCUGCCCUCCAGCAGGACCCUGAGGCUCUGGGGGCCACCACAGAGUUCGGGUCCCCUUUCCACCAUGGAGCAGUGCAGGAACGCCGAGGGGAUCGCAUUGGGCUGCAGCCUCUGUGCAGCUCGGAGGCAGCAUGCCUGUAGCACCACAGCUGGGAAAAAGCUCCUGAUUUAAGUCUAAUAUUUAACUAAAGGCAUUUCCAAUUUUAUUUUGUGUUGGCUUUAUUGCUCUUUUGCCUCGUUAAUUUUUUUCCCUCCUGUUUAACCACCUCCCAGCCACCUCCCUCUCUCCGGGCACUCCCUGCACACGGUGGCCCACGGCGUUUUGCACUGGAGCUGCUUGGCCACACAGACAGAGCGGAGGUGGAGGUGGGGCACGGAGAAGCAGCACUGCCAAAGACAUCGGUGGGCAGCCUCUCUCACCCACCUCGAGCCCAGGCAGCAGCACUUUGUCCGUUCCAGGGCAGCCCCAUCCCCAACCCAUUGCUUCCCCAGUGGGGUGUGACAUGCGGCCAGGCGGGGUGUGAGGCACUGCUGGGGCUCAUCCCCAGGGAAGCCAAGCCAGAAACAUCCCACGGAGCCAGAGCCCCAACCUGCACGAUGCUGAGCCUCAAGUUACCCCGGCUGCUCAGCAUCAACCAAGUGCCUAAGGGGUACCGGGAGCAGGGGAUCCUCUUUGGGUAUCGCCCCCCCCGCAGCUCAGCAGCAGACUGCCUCCUCAGUGUCUUCCAAAUGACGAAUGAGACCCUGAAUAUCUGGACACAUUUUGUACCUGCCUGGUAUUUCGUGUGGACUUUGGUGGGGCGGCUGCGGGGGCCGGGGGGCCCAGAGGACCCCCACGCUUGGCCGCUCCUCGCCUACCUGCUGACCUGCUGCAUCUACCCUCUGGCCUCCAGCUGCGCCCACACCUUCAGCACCAUGUCCACCCGUGCCCGGCACAUCUGCUACUUCUUUGACUAUGCGGCUCUCAGCAUGUACAGCCUGGGGUCUGCGCUGGCGUACUCGGCGUACAUUUUCCCAGCAGAAUGGGUCAACAGCACCUUCCACCACUGCUACGUCCCCAUUGCAGUGUUCAACACCAUCAUUAGCACCAGCCUGUCCUGCUAUUCCAGGUUUCUGGAGGUGGAGAGGCCCCGGUUCAGCAAGGCUUACCGCACGCUGGCCUUUGUGUACCCGUACCUCUUCGACAGUAUCCCUCUCUUUUACCGGUUCUACCUGUGCGCAGCAGAAAGCUGCACGGAGGCUGCCAUCCUGGUCCACUACAAGCACACCGUCUUUGCCUUCCUCACAUGCUUCAUCUUCGCCAGCCAUCUGCCAGAGAGACUUGCGCCGGGACACUUUGACUACAUCGGGCACAGCCACCAAGUGUUCCAUGUGUGUGGGAUCAUCGGCACGUACUUCCAGAUGGAGGCCAUCAUGAUGGACAUGGCUGAGCGCCACGACCGGCUCCUGCCCACCUCGCUGCCUCCCUCCUCCCUGCAGACCCUCACGUUAAUGGGCAUCGGCGUGGCCGUGAGCCUGGCUGUCAUUGGGCUCUGCUCCACGUCCCUGCGCUUCGUGCCGGAGCCUCCACAGAGAGAAAAGCCACACGGCCAUUAGGCUUCGGGUCUAGGUAGUAUUUAUGCUGCUCUGAGGGACAGACCCUAAAUAAGGGUAUGGGAUGGAUGAGGAGGAAUUUAUUCACCUAUGCUCUCUGAGAAAGCCUUUAUUUCAAUUAUUCUCAAGAGCGAAACAUCUUGCACUGGUUUUUGUACAUAGAGCUUUAAAGCUGGGAACAGAUUAUGGGAUGCUUUUAAUCAAGUUGCUAUUUCACCACAAGGAAUAUUUAAAAUAACCUUAACUUUUGUUUCUGUCAAAGGGAGAGAAGUGCUAAUACUUCCCAGAGCAAUAGGCAUUCAUCAGGUCUGCCUUACGGGGGAGUCGGGGGAGCAAGUGACCAUGGCUAACGCUGGUCACCUGGUGGCAUGGAUGUCCUUGUCAUCGGUUUAGACUAACAGCCAAGAUUCCUUGGCAAAGGCAUGAGUAAAGUCUCUCCCGGGGGCUCCCGAACUAAGGUUUUCACCUUGAAAGUGGCAUUAUUUAGAGGAUUAAACCCUCAAAUAUCCUUGUUCCACAGCCUUAAACUAAACCCAAGUGCCUGACCGAUGUGGGAUUGAGGGAGACUAGUGUGCCUACGUUUUAAUUUCAGCUAUUUUUAAUCAUUACCCAGAAAGAGUUAUCCUAGAAGAAUUCCCCAUGGGACGUUCCUCCAGAAUAGCUUCUUUUUGGGUCCGGUACUGGUGGAUUGGGAAGUCCUGGGACACAAAUUCCCCUGGGAGAGCUGAGCUGCCACCUGCGUGGGCGAUGAGGCUGCCCGGCGGCUGGCACAGCACCGAGCCCAGAGCCCAGGAGGCACCGGCCACCCCUCCGUGUACCAGGCACCUCCAUCCUGUACCCCCAGCGGGGGCCCUGCUCCAACCUCAUUUGUGGCACCGAACAUAAGCAGGGGAAGGAAUACCUGCACCCUCAAAGGGAUGACAUGGGCCUCCCUACAGGCCCUGUUUUGUGCCAAGUGUUUAACACAGACGUGAAGCUGCGCUGCUCUGAAAAGGUGUUUGACACCUUGCUGAGGGCGACGGCUGAGGAAUUUGGGGCUGCCAGGUUGAGGCAUCCUCUCCCUGGUUUGUGAAGGCAGGAUACUUGGAUUGAUGGCUCUUUGGUCUGAGGGUGUGCCUGAUGGCAAUGCCACCUCCUCUCUAGUUACUGGUCCCACAGAAGAAUGUUUGAGUAGGAUGGUGGUAUCUGGGGAGAAUAAAGCAUCUGCUGAACAAGGAGUGGAGUCUGUAGACUCGAGUGUUGCUGAGAGCUAGAGUGUAGAGACAUGAGCAUUGCCGGGACAAAGGCAGGAGUAACCUUAGGGGGUCAAAACCUGUCAUUUUAAAGCAAUUCCAGAGCUGGACCUCUGCUCGCCCAGCAAUAGCCGUGCUCUCACUGGGCCUCCUUGCUUUCCUUUGCUGCUGCACUUGGAUUUUCCAGACAGAAGCAAAAAGCCUUGGAGGGCUCAGCGAGUGGGAGGCCGCAGGAGAAAGCUUAGCCAGGGUCUCCGAUGACAGAUCAUCAUCUUGGAUUUACCUAGCACUGUGCAGGAGGUGUGGGAACACAGGCUGCCAACAGUACUGCUAGGGGAUGGUAUCGAGCUUCCUGAUAAUCAUACGGGUGUGUAAUUUGUUUUGUGUCUAAUUACCUCUAUCAAGGUAUAAUUGAUGCACUUUUGAGUGACAAUACAAUAGCUCGUUAAAUAUACUGUGGGACUAAGAAUUCUUCUGAAAAACAGCUUUCUAUCAAAAGCUGACCAAGAUUUAUAUUAAUAUUUAUAAGCACUGGAAGAUAAUUGUUUAUUCAACAGUUUUAUUUCAUUAAAAGAAAAAACUAAUAUAUCUAUCACACUAUGUGCUAACCUGAUUUGUAUAGUUUCAUAAAAAUACCAUCCAUGGAAAUUAAUCACUCCAGAGAUAAUUGCUAAUAAUUGCAAAGUUUAUUUACCUUGUGCUCUCAUGUGACUGGAAAGGAAUC